AUGCCCUCGCCUCUCCCGCGGCGCCCUCGCCUGCCGGACGACCCGUCCCCGUCGAGGGACUCGCGGCCCUGCAGCAGCCCCUGUGAGCUCCCGGGGCCGGCAGGGAGGCUCUUCGCGGGGGGGACCCCGCCCCGGGCCCCGCGCCUCCCGCGCCGGCCGGCCUGGUGCCGCAUCGACUGGGAGCAGGUCCGCCUGCUGCGCAGGCUGGGGGCCGGGGGCUUCGGCUCCGUGUACAAGGCCACCUACCGCGGCGCGCCCGUGGCCGUGAAGCAGGUGAGCAAGCUCGCCAAGAACCGGCUGGCCUCGCGGCGCAGCUUCUGGGCCGAGCUCAACAUCGCUCGGCUCCGCCACGCCAACAUAGUGCGCGUGGUGGCGGCCAGCACGCGCACGCCCGCGGCCUUCGACAGCCUGGGCACCAUCAUCAUGGAGUUCGCGGGCGACGUCACUCUGCACCAGGUCAUCUACGGCGCCACCGGCGGCCCGGAGGACCACGCGCCUGCCUGCGAGCAGCUGGGUCUGGAAAAGUGCCUCAAGUACUCCCUGGAUGUGGUCAGCGGCCUGCUCUUCCUUCACUCACACAGCAUCGUGCACCUGGACCUCAAGCCGGCCAACAUUCUGAUCAGCGAGCAGGACGUCUGCAAGAUCGGUGACUUCGGCUGCUCCGCGAGGCUGGAAGAUGCGCUGUGCUCGCGGAGCCCUCACCACCUGGGCGGCACCUACACCCACAGGGCGCCGGAGCUCCUGAAAGGGGAGCCCGUCACGCCCAGAGCGGACAUCUAUUCCUUCGCCAUCACGCUCUGGCAGAUGACCACCCGGGAGGCGCCCUACUCCGGGGAGAGGCAGCACGUGCUCUACGCCGUGGUGGCCUACGACCUUCGCCCGGCCCUCUCGGCGGCCGUCUUCACCGCCUCCAUCCCCGGGAAGAAGCUGGAGAACGUCAUCCAGCGCUGCUGGAAGGCCAGUGCUUCGCAGCGGCCAAGUGCAGAACUCCUGCUGGUGGACCUUCGAGCUUUAAAAGCUGAAUUGGGCUGA